UCGCGAGGCGCGGCCGUCGCAUUGGCAAAUCUGCGCGCGCACCCGACAAUCGUGUCCCCCCGCCGCGCUUAUAUCGCCGCUUUGUGCCCUUCAAAUGACACUGCUUCUGUGGUGAGCAUAGUGAACGGUUCUACUUCGUCUCCGUCUAACAAACAAACAAUAUGAGUAAAAUCGGAAUCAACGGAUUCGGCCGCAUCGGUCGCCUGGUCCUGAGGGCUUCCAUCGAGCGCGGAGGACAGGUUGUAGCUGUCAACGACCCGUUCAUCGGUCUGGACUACAUGGUCUACAUGUUCAAGUAUGACUCUACCCACGGUAGAUUCAAGGGAGAGGUCAAGGCCGAGGAUGGUCACCUCGUCGUCAACGGCAACAAAAUCGCCGUCUUCAGCGAGCGCGACCCCAAGGCUAUUCCAUGGGGCAAGGCUGGCGCUGAAUACGUCGUCGAAUCCACUGGUGUCUUCACCACCAUCGAGAAGGCCUCCGCUCACUUGGAGGGUGGUGCCAAAAAGGUCAUCAUCUCCGCCCCAUCGGCUGAUGCACCUAUGUACGUCUGCGGUGUGAACCUUGACACUUACGACCCAAGCCACAAGGUCGUCUCCAACGCCUCGUGCACGACCAACUGCCUUGCUCCCCUUGCCAAGGUUAUCCACGACAACUUCGAAAUCGUUGAGGGUCUCAUGACCACCGUUCACGCUACCACCGCCACCCAGAAGACAGUCGACGGACCGUCUGGAAAGCUGUGGCGUGAUGGACGUGGUGCCGCACAGAACAUCAUCCCCGCCGCCACUGGUGCCGCUAAGGCUGUCGGCAAGGUCAUUCCCGCCUUGAACGGCAAGCUCACUGGUAUGGCCUUCCGUGUGCCAGUCGCCAACGUCUCGGUCGUCGAUCUUACCGUUCGUCUUGGCAAGCCCGCGACCUACGACCAGAUCAAGGCCAAGGUAAAGGAAGCCGCUGCCCCCGGUGGAUCUCUCCACGGAAUCCUGGGAUACACCGAGGACGACGUUGUCUCGUCGGACUUCAUCGGUGACAACCACUCCAGCAUCUUUGAUGCCCAGGCUGGUAUCCCAUUGAAUGAUAAGUUUGUCAAGCUUAUCUCGUGGUACGACAACGAGUUCGGCUACUCGUCCCGUGUCAUCGACCUCAUCAAGUACAUGCAGUCCAAGGAUUAAACAGACUGGCUGCGUGGAGACUUAGAGGAGGCGUGCUGAAUUUUCGAACAAGGGUUGGAAGGAAGAGUCUUGGCAGUAAAUACAAUAUUCAUUCAACGUAGAGCUCUUCCCAACAUCCCCGACGACGACGACGACGGCCGUUUUUUAUUGAACGGGACGCGCAAGUCGAAGUUGUUCGAGAUUCAUGAAGGCAGCAUACAGAAUAAAAAAAAAGAUUCAAUCUAAAAAAAUAUAUAAGUAGCAGUGUUACAGUGUUGUCGAAUCACGGAAAUGAGGAAAGUGGCACUAUAUACACAAUUCGGAUUUAGAGGCAGGCUCUCUAGGAUGCUCACUUUACUCGCUAUAGAAACGUAUGUUGUAACUUUUAAUGCUCACGCCUGAUGAAAAAAUCUUAUCCUUCCAUUUCCGUUUCGACAUGUUUAAAAAUGAGUAUCCAAAGUAUGUAAAGGUGACAUCGUUCAAUCGAUAUUCGCCUGCAUUCAUUCGUCAAAAAUAAUGUUUGAAACAUAAAUUAUUCGAUGUACUCAAAGAACAAAAACCUCUUGAGAUGUUUUUUUGUGAUUUUAAUUCUCGUCAAUUUUAUUUUUCAUUAUUACGUUAACUUCAAUAAACGUUGUUAUCGUCAUAAUAAA